AUGUUUGUCAUAACGUUCGCUUUCUCUCCUCUUCACUACCGCGGCCUUACUCUCCUCUUCACUCCCGACCUUUCUUUUUUACUACCGGCCUUUCUCUCCUGUGCUUUACAGGCCUUUCUUUUUUCUUCACCCGAUGCCUUUUUUUUCCUCUUCACUACCAGCCUUACUCUUCUCUUCACUCCCGGUCUUUCCUUUCUCUUCAUUACCGGCCUUUCUCUCCUCUUCACUCUCGGCCUUUCUCUCCUCUGCAUUCGCUACCUUUCUUUCCUCUUCACUACCGGCCUUACACUUCUCUUCAUUACCGGCCUUUCUCUCCUCUUCACUCCCGGCCUUUCUCUCCUCUUUACUAUCAGCCUUUCUCUGCUCCUCACUCUCAGCCUUCCUCUCCUAUGCAUUACCGGCCUUUCUUUUCUUUUUCACUCAUUGCCUUUUUCUCCUCUUCACUCCCGGUCUUUCCUUUUUCUUCAUUCCCGUCCUUUCUCUCCCGGCCUUUCUCUCCUCUUUACUACCGGCCUUUUUAACCUCUUCAUUACCGGCUUUUCUCUUCUCUUUACUCCCAGCCUUUCUCUCAUGUGCCUUACUGGCCUUUCUCUCUUCUUCAUUCGCUACCUUUCUUUCCUCUUCACUACCGGCCCUACUCUCCUCUUCAUUACCGGCCUUUCUCUCCUCUUCACUCCCGGCCUAUCUCAUCUCUUUACUACCGGCCUUUCUCUCCAUUCACGCCCAGCCUUUCUCUCCUGUUCAUUACCACCCUUUCUUUCCUCUUCACUCGCUACCUUUCUUUCCUCUUCACUACCGGCCUUAAUCUCUUCUUCACUCCCGGCCAUUCUGACUUUUCAGACUUUUAUUGUUGUUUGUUUAAUUUGUUUCUCUGUUUUUUAUUCACUUUCAUUUUUACUCUGCUUCUUUCUUUUUCUUUCCCCUGAUUUUCAUUAUCGUUCUUUCUCUUCGCCUUAUUCUGGUAUACAUCUUUCUUUCUUUUUUUUUCUUCCUUUCUCACACCUUAUUCCUAUGCUAUUCCCCUUCUUCGCCUUAUUCUGGUAUACAUCUUUCUUUCUUUUUUCUUCCUUUCUCACACCUUAUUCCUAUGCUAUUCCCCUUGUCUUUUUGUCUGCCUUUCUUUCUUUCUUUCUUUCUUUCUUUCUUUCUUUCUUUCUUUCUUUCACCCCAUUGAUCCACUAUUUCUCGUCUUCCUUCCUUUCUCAGCUUCGCCUUAUUCUGGUAUACAUCUUUCUUUCUUUUUUCUUCCUUUCUCACACCUUAUUCCUAUGCUAUUCCCCUUGUCUUUUUGUCUGCCUUUCUUUCUUUCUUUCUUUCUUUCUUUGCCCCUUUCGCCUUAUUCUCGUUGUCUUUCUUCCUUCUUUCUUUUUUCUUUUCUUCUUUCUUUCUCUCUUUCGUCGCAUUCAAGCACUAUUUCUUUUCUUCCGUUCUUUCUUACCUUCACUUUCUUCUUCUACUAUUCAUCGUUCGUUCUCUAUUUCUUUCUAUCUUCUUUCUUUCACCAUAUUCCUCUACUAUUUCUCUUCUUCCUCCCUUUCUUACCUUCGCCUUAUUCUUCUAAUAUCCAUCUUUCUUUCUUUCUUUCUUUCAGUUUAUUCGUACACUGUUCAUCCUCUUUCCUUCUUCAUUUCUCUGGCCUUAUUCCUCUAUUCCUUUUCUUACCUUCUUUCUUUCUUUCUUUUCUAA